AUGGAACUGGGCAAGUGCAUCUGGGAAGGUUGGACCUUGGAGAGCAAGGCCCUCAGGCGAAAUGUGGGCACCUGGUUCCUGAUCUGUACUUGCAUCUGCGCCUGUGUCUGCCCUGGAGUCUCUGUCCCAGGGAAGAGAGAAGGGCCAAGGGCUGAGACUUUCACCUGCCUCAGCAACAACAUCCUCAGGAUCGACUGCCACUGGGCCACCCCGGAGCAGAACCAGGGCUCCAGCCCCUGGCUCCUCUUUACCAGCAACCAGGCGCCCGGCGGGACACACAAGUGCAUCUUCCAGGGCAGUGUGUGCACUCUGGUGCUGCCACCCGAGGCAGUGCUUGUGCCAUCUGACAACUUCACCAUCACCUUUCACCGCUGCGUCUCUGGAGAGGAGCAGGUUGGCCUGGUGGACCCGCAGUACCUGCCCCGGAGACAUGUUAAGCUGGACCCUCCCUCUGACCUGCAGAGCAACAUCAGCUCUGGCCACUGUGUGUUGACUUGGAGUGUCAGUCUUGCCUUGGAGCCGAUGGCCACCUUCCUCAGCUAUGAGCUGGCCUUCAAGAGGCAGGAAGAAGACUGGGAGCGGGCCCGGCUCAAGAACCACAUUGUUGGGGUGAGUCGGCUCAGCCUUGAGGCCUUCGAGUUGGCUCCCGGUUUCACCUAUGAGGCCCGGCUGCGUGUCCAGAUGGCCCCCCUGGAGGACGGCAUGCUGGAGGAGGAGUGGUACGAGGGCCAGUGGAGUGCAUGGAGCCUACCCGUAAGCUUCCCUUCCCCACAGAGACCAGGCCCCCCGAUUCCAUCCUGGGGGCGGCCAGACAGUACUCUUGUUGCUGUGUCCAUCUUGCUUCUGCUGACCAGCCUGACCUACCUCCUGUUCAAGAUGUCACCCAGAGUAAAGAGAACCUUCUGCCAGAAUGUGCCCUCCCCAGCAGCCUUCUUCCAGCCCCUCUACAGUGUGCACAACGGGAACUUCCAGACCUGGACAGGGGGCCACAGAGCCAAUGUGCAGCUGAGCCAGGACUGCACUGGAACCAUGCAAGAAACCUCGGAAUCUGGUGUACAGGAGGCCAUAGCACUGCUCUCUUGUGGCCCUGUGGGCCCCUGGCAAUCCACGGGCCUGGAGGAGGAGAAGGAGGGCACUGGGACCAGCCUCCUAGGGAGCCCAGGCUUUCAAGAUGUGCUUCCAGCAGAGUGUGCAGGGCAGGGGACACAGCCACCCGCCUACCUGCCACAGGAAGAUCUGACCCCCACAUCUCCUGUGAGGCCAGCUCUUCCAGACUCAGAAGAUGGCGACAGUGAUUACUGUGCUUUGGGCUGCUAUGGGGAGCCCCAGCCCUUGACCUUUCCAGGAAACACACAGAGCUGGGACCAUUCCUAGCCCUGGCCUUUUCAGCACAGCCCAGAGACCCUGCAAAGGGGUGCCUGGGUGGUGGCUGGUCACAGACAGACGCAGCUGCAUAAGGACCUGCAGGGCAUGUUGCUUCCUCCUAUCCUCAGCAGGGCUCGGUCCUGA